AUGCGCACUGUGCGCCAAGCCGAAAACAGCGCGCUGCGCAGACAGGGCGCACUCCGCAGCGCACACACUAACAUCCCAUCCAUACAGACGGACACAUGCUAUCUGAUCCUCGUUGUGUGACAAGGAAAUGGAGUUAAAAUAGGUACACUAAUUUACCUUAUGGACUGAACGCAGUGGCUGUCGCUUUGUUUUUUCUGAACUUCAUGCCCAGACACUCAGGAGAGAAAAUGUGGAGAUACACGAACUUGUUCGCCUGUCUACUGGUUUUAUGUAAGGAUGCAUCUUCACAGAGCAAGAUCUUUGGAGAGACUGAGCCUGUCCGAAUGACGUCAGAAGGCUCAGACUGUCGCUGUAAGUGCAUCAUGCGCCCACUCAGCAGGGAUGCCUGCAUGCGGCUGCGGAGUGGCAGUGUUCGUGUAGAGGACUUUUACACUGUGGAGACAGUUAGCUCUGGAUCCGACUGUAAGUGUUCGUGCACGGCCCCGCCGUCCUCCCUCAACCCCUGUGAGAAUGAGUGGAAGAUGGAGAAGCUGAAGAAACAGGCCCCCGAGUUACUAAAGCUCCAAUCUAUGGUGGACCUCCUGGAGGGAACACUUUACAGCAUGGAUCUAAUGAAAGUCCACUCCUACAUCAACAAAGUGGUGUCUCAGAUGAACACCCUAGAGGAGACAAUCAAGACGAACCUGACGCGAGAGAAUGAAUUUGUUCGAGACAGCAUGACAAGCCUCACCAACCAGUUCAAGAGAUAUGACAACUACUCCAACAUUAUGAUGAGCAUCAAGAAGGAGAUCUCCAGCCUCAGCAUGCAGCUGCUACAGAAGGAUUCCUCUGAGAGCAAAGCACAGGACACUAAUGAGGAGAAAACCAAGGAGGCUGUAAAAACACCCAACAAAAAGACGCCUGCAGCCAAACUUUCACCCAAACCGCCCAAAGAAAAGGUUGUAAAGCCCAAGAAAGAGGUCAUUAAACCUGGGAAACUGGCCAAGCCUGACCCUACGGCCAAAGCCAAAGUGGUUGGCCACCAGCCUGGUGUGGUGAGGGGCAUCACAUACUACAAGGCUGCCAAGACCGACGAGGAUGAGCACAGAGGAGAUCAUUCUGCCAAAACGUAUACAGUCCAUCACAUCACAGAAAACCAGUCAGAAGAUGGAGGAGCUGAAAUGGUCCUGGAAACAAUGGAGGCCACUGUAGCUGAACCCAUUGCCACUACUGCAGUCCCAACAACUGCAACUGCAACUGCAACUGCCACUACUACUACCACAACAACUACUGGCACCACAAGUACACCCACUACCACACCCAUUACUAUCACUACACAAAGUACACCAGCAUCUGAAAGACCAGCUCCAACCAUUGUUCUGGUGCUGGACAACUCCAACAACAAUAGUCGGCCCACUCUCCACAGAGCAGGGAAGAUCCUAAACUGUGAAGGCACUCUGGCAUCCAUUGAUCAGCCAGAGAAGCAACACAGUUAUGGGCGCAACGAAGGAGCCUGGAUGAAAGAUCCCCUGGCUAAAGACUCCAAGAUCUACGUCACUAACUAUUACUAUGGCAACAACUUGGUGGAAUUCCGCAACCUGGAUAACUUCAAGCAAGGACGAUGGAGCAACCUCUUCAAACUGCCUUACAACUGGAUAGGCACAGGCCAUGUGGUUUACAAUGGAGCCUUCUACUACAACAGAGCCUUUACCAAGAACAUCAUCAAGUAUGAUCUGAGGAUGCGAUAUGUGGCGGCCUGGACACUGCUGCAUGAUGUGGUUUACGAGGACACGACACCCUGGAAAUGGAGGGGCCACUCGGAUAUUGACUUUGCAGUGGACGAAAGUGGCCUGUGGGUAAUCUACCCUUCUAUGGACUAUGACUACAACCAACAAGAGGUGAUCGUCAUCAGUAAACUGGACCCUGGAGACCUGUCAUUGAAAAAGGAAACAACCUGGAGGACAGGUCUUAAACGGAACUCUUACGGAAACUGCUUCAUCAUCUGUGGUGUCUUGUACGCCGUCAACGUGUACAACCAAAAGGAAGGUGAGGUGAACUUUGCUUAUGACACCCACACCAACACUGAAGCCAUCCCACGUCUGCCCUUCACCAAUGAGUACUCCUUCACCACCCAGAUUGAUUACAACCCCAAGGAGAAGCUUUUGUAUGCAUGGGACAAUGGCCACCAGCUCACAUAUCGGGUAAACUUUGUCGACCAGUGAGCACAGCUAGUUUGUGCUACAGAUCAACUCACUGUAGGUCUGCCAAUAUGGCACCUAAAAAGAAAAGAAGAUUCUCAGUAUUUGACAGCCUAGAAGCAGCCAUAUUGGACUCAGGACAAUGGAUGAACCUUCACCAGCUUUCAUGUACCAAUGCAUGCUAUUCAAACACCUGACCUCACAGAGUACCAAACAUACAUGCCUCAAUGUGUAUUGGGACGUGACUGUACAAUAUGUCAAUAGAAUGGACAAUGAACAGUGAAAAUAAUCUUACAGGUUGAGUUAAACUCAUUGGGCAGAUCUUAGGAAAGCAUAGAUAUUUCUUUAUGAAGGUGGUCAUAUAUGAAAUGUCAGCAGGCUGGCUAACAAGCAGAUAGAUAGAUAGAUAGCUAUAAAUGGUUAGUUGGUUUGUGGGGGAACACUUUCAAGACUGUUUUUAGAUUUAUUGCAAGGUGUCGUUUUGGCAAUUUUUGAGGUCUGAAAACCUAGAUUUGGGUGGAGGUAUGGGCAGCUGCUGAGUGAGAUGGGCUCACGUCAAUCAAACAGUUACUUUCCCCAACAUAAGCCUUAAUAUCUCUUAAAAGAUUUUUAUUUCAGAAAAGUCUAUCUUAUUAUAAUGCAUAUAAGUAAAAAGAGGUCCUGGUUGCUGUAAUCAUUCCUUCUAUCCAUACUGACAUGAAAUGAUCCCUUUUAACACAAUUACACAAUAAAAGAUGGUUUGGGUAAUUCAUACUAGUCUUGCAUGAACUUUAGAAUGCAGACAGUGGAUUUUGUAUCUAUUUUCUUACAGUGGAGUCACUUCACAACCACAAUGGACAGGAAGAAUGAGUACAGUGAACAGUAACUCUUUAAACAUACAUUUGGGCACCCAAGUGUUGCAUUGAAAUAGACACGAACAUUUCAGAACCUAUCUGCUAAUGAAAUAAUAUUGUUAAAAACUGCUUCUAAGACAUAUUAAAAGAGUGAUAUGAUCAAGUGUCACUGAGACGUGGCAUGGGACAUGACAUAAUAUGCGCUAGUUGGGAUUUUUUGUUGUUAUUGGCAUAUGUGUUCACAAAAUAGCCUGUUUCAACACAUCUUUACUAUUUGUAGCCUCUGUCCUCUAGGUGUAACAGCUUUGGUUGGUUACAAAUGCACGCAUAUAUUAAGGUUCCUGUUACAGGCCACCCCUUCCCCAGGUUUCCCCUCAACCCGUGUCUUUUGCUCUCUUUGACUAUAGCUUGCUGACAAGUCCCCAACAGGUCCAAGCAUAAAUGCUUGGAUGUAUAUGCAAUAAUUGGCAAACCUCUUAGCUCACACCCCUGAACAGUCAACAACGCCAGUUUGUGAGUGCAUAUAAUCAGGGUGUAAAUUGUUCAGUGGGAACUAGGCUUAAGAGCUGUUGUGACCAUGAUUGCAACUGUCUCGAUAGCAAGUUAGAAAGCAAUUACUGCAGCUUGACAAGAGUCCUGCAAGUAGUCACUAUGUCACCAAGCCCUUGACCCUGCCGAUUUCAUGAGGGCAUCGCAGUGCCCUACCUGAACACUGUGGUCUUUUUUUUUGUCAAGAGUUUCCUUGAAGCUAGUAUCUAAUGUUAGUUAGAGGAAAUGCGGCAUAAAAAUUUGCAUUUACCUUAAGUAUUCAGCCAUAUUUGCUACUGUCAUUUGGUUUGAACUUUUAAAUUUUAAUUCAAGAUGACCUAACUAGCAAAGCUGUUAGCUAAUGUAGCAUGGCUAGACUUAGCAACCAUUAUCAGGCUUCUUAAAGUGAGAUACCCCAUGUUUUACCCUUUGCCUUUUAAGCAGGCUUCAAAUCUUUUUUACACAACUAGUGUUAUUUAGCUCCACCCCCAACAUUUAACUCAACCAAUGAGAUUAUUUCUGAUUCCAGCGUAAUUCUCCUUUUGAGAAAUGUUUGUUAAACUAAACUAUGAGCUAUUGUUUCACUCGCCCAUCUACUCCAUCCUAUCACCAAGCACUUUGAUCAUGAAUCUGCUUUCAUUAAUAUUCCUGCCUCAUGAUGCUUCCUGUCUCUUUACCAUUGAUGUUGUUUGAGGGAUGUGUUGAAUAUAAUAUAAAUUCCAAAAACAAAACAAUGUACACAAGUUUCUAAACUUAAGAUUUUUUUUUAUAUUUACAUGAACUCAUUCAUCAGUAUGAUACCUUUUUUCUAAUUUCCAUGCAUCUUGUUGAAUUUCUAUGUUGUUAUAUUAAAAUAUGCAGCUUUCAUCAUUGUUAAUAACAUUUACAUAACCACAAUGUCUGUUGUAAUUACUGAGUGUUUGAACAUAUUCACCUCAAUGGAAAUUAACAAUGGUGAUUAGUCACGCUAAUAUAAAAGGUGCACUGUACCAUUAGUUGUGUGCUCUUCAAUAAUGGACAUCAUAAACCAUGAAUGUUUUUAUUUUUGACAAUAACCGACAGUACUGUAUGAGGCACAUAAUGGGAAAGGUAAGCUUUACGAUACACAAUGUAACUGUUACAGCACUUCAUAGUGUUGUGUUGGUCUUGUGCAUCUUCAUGAUUCACAACCACAUUAUGUUGCUUGAUCUUGAAUUUUCAAGAGUGUUUUGUUAAGUUUAUUCAGAAAAAAUAUGCUAAUUGAAAUAAAGUAAUUUUUCAUCUGCAA